UAGUGAGCGAGAGUGAGAGUAGGCUUUAACUUGGGGCAUCAACCUCCCUCCUCUUCUUCUUCUUCUUCUUCUUCUUCUUUCUUUCUAUUCCUUUCCUUCCUCCUCACUUCUUCCUUCUUCUUCCUCCUCCACUCUCCUCUCCCCUCCAUCCAACGCUGCUUCGUCUUUGGAGUUGGAGUUGGAGUUGGACACCACCCACCGGCACCUAGCUAGGCUUCUCUACCAUCAUCUGUGAUCUUUCUUGUCGAGAGAGAGAGCAAGCAGUUGCAUGCCUGAUUGGUCAGCGAGUGAGCUGCUGGUGGCGGUGGCGGCCGCGCUUAGUCAGCGGUGGUGACUGUCCCGGCGAUGUCGGGAGCUGACCGGCUAAGCAUCCGCGCCGCGGCGCUGGCGCUCGACGAUGCUGCCGCCGGGAGGGACAAGCCGGACACCAAGCGUGACGUCUUCGCGGAUCUUGGCUCGCCGGUGUCGCCGCUGCGGCUGCGGCCUGGCGGCGCCGCGGCCACGCCGUCGUCGUCCUCCUCGUCCGCUGGCUCGGCCAAGUCGCCCGCGCUGUGCAAUGCUGGGGCGGGGGUGGGUAGGGGAGGAGGAGGAGGCCGGGGGAGCCACUCAGGCGAGCUGGUGGCGGAGGGGAACCCGCCGCGGCCGCCAGGGCACCGCCGCUCCGGAUCUGGGCCUCUGAUAUUCUCCGGCGGGAGCAGCAGCGCCGGGAGCGGAGGAGGAGGAGGAGGCUGCGGCGGCGGGAGCACGGCGAGCUCGCCGCUGACCAAUGCGCUGCCUACCGGUAACAUCUGCCCGUCCGGCCGCGUCGCGAGCGCGGCGCCUGCGCCGCCCCGACGCGCCCGUCCCGACGUGCUUGGAUCCGGCACGGGGCACUAUGGCCACGGCAGCAUCAUGAGAGGCGGCGGCGGCAUGACUCCCCCUAGAAGCAGCAUUGACGCCAGUCCGUACCACGGCAGCUACUCGAGGUCGCCGGCGCCGCAGGGCAGCAGCGGGGGUCUCCAGGAGGUGACCAGGGCCGGGAACGAGUGGUACAAGAAGGGCCAUUACGGCGAGGCGCUGCGGCACUACGACCAGGCGGUGGCGCUGUGCCCGGACAGCGCCGCGUGCCGCAGCAACCGCGCCGCCGCGCUCAUCGGCCUCGGCCGCCUCGCCGAAGCGCUCCGCGAGUGCGAGGAGGCCAUCCGCCGUGACCCGGCGAGCGGCCGCGCGCACAGCCGCCUCGCCGCGCUCUGCCUCCGGUUUGGAAUGGUUGAGAGGGCAAGGGAGCACUUCAUGUUAGCUGGGCAAGUAAAUCAGUCAGACCCAGCUGAGUUUCAGAGGCUCCAAGAGGUGGAAAGACAUCUGGGGCGAUGCAUGGAUGCGAGGAAAACUGGAGACUGGAAGAGUGCGCUAAGGGAAGCAGAUGCUGCCAUUGCCAAUGGAGCGGAUUCCUCUCAGUUGCUUCUUGCCUUACGGUCUGAAGCACUUCUCCGUCUCAACAAACUAGAGGAGGCCGAUUCGACUAUUACAAGCUUGUCAAAACUGGACAUUGCAUCGCUAUCUUCAAUGUCAACUAAACUAUCGGGCAUGGUUGCUGAUUCAUAUGUUCAUGUUGUCGAAGCCCAGGUCAACAUGGCUUUUGGAAGGUUUGACAUAGCUGUUACCAUGGCUGAGAAGGCUAGGGUUAUUGAUCCUGGAAAUACAGAAGUUGGAAGGAUUACAAACAACAUAAGAUUAGUUGCACAAGCUCGAGGACAGGGAAAUGAGCUUUUUAAGGCAGGCAAGUUUGCUGAGGCAUCCUUAGCUUAUGGUGAAGGGCUCAAAUAUGAGCCCUCAAAUCCAGUACUGUACUGCAAUCGAGCAGCUUGUUGGUCAAAGUUAGGUCGGUGGAUGAAAGCUGUUGAAGAUUGCAAUGAGGCCCUCAAAGUCCAUCCUGGUUACACGAAGGCUCUCUUAAGACGUGCAGCAUCCUAUGCAAAGCUUGAGCGCUGGGCCGAUUGUGUGCGGGACUAUGAGGUGCUACGCAAGGAGCUUCCUAACGACACGGAGGUUGCGGAAGCAUUGUUCCAUGCGCAAGUUGCACUGAAGACAGCACGUGGGGAGGAGGUAGCAAAUAUGAAGUUUGGAGGAGAGGUUGAGACAAUUACCAGCAUAGAGCAACUCCGAGAUGCUAUACAUUCACCUGGAGUAUCUGUUGUUUACUUCAUGGCAACGAUGAAUCAGCAGUGUCAACAGAUAACCCCAUCCGUGGACUCUCUUUGCUCCGAGUGCCCUUCAGUGAAUUUUCUGAAGGUAAAUGUUGAUGAGAGUCCUAUGGUAGCAAGAGCGGAGAAUGUGCGCAUAGUCCCGAGCUUCAAGAUAUACAAGGACGGUGCAAGAAUGAAGGAGAUGAUCUGCCCCAGCUUACACAUCUUGCGCUAUUCAGUCAAGCAUUAUGCUGUCUCCAGUUCUUGAGGAGGUCUUACUAGUGGCACUCAUAUUUUUUGAUGCAUAUAAUUCCCUGUCACCUACCAACAUUUUACCAACAAACUAUUCUCUAUAAUCAGCCUCCACAGCAUUUCUCCAGCUGCAUAGUUACUCUCCGCUGAGCAUAAUGAGCUAAAGCUUGAUUCACGAAGUAGUUUCCUAUUGGCUAUCUUUCCUUUGUUACCUGUUGCAUCUAUUUUCUGAUCCUUCAUCCUUCCAACCUUAUUCUUGGAUCAUUUAGGUUCCUUCAUUUGCUUAUUCCCACCCAUCCAUCGUUCGGCCAACCUGCAUUGUGCAAUUCUUUCAUCUCUUACAUUCUGUUCUGCCACCUCAUAAUGCAUUUGACACAUUUUUGCUGCAGCCCAUAGGCCACUCCUCAAGAAAAAGAAUGCUUCUGUUCUGACAUUGUUUAGAUGCAGGCAUGCUUGUUGUUAGAGAAAGAAAUAAGAGGCUGCAGACAGAAUUGGUUUUUUUCAUUACAUGUACAUAUACCAUAUAGCAAAAACAUGAAACCAAUUGGAAGAUUUGAUUCUAUGGAGGGAUGGUGGUGCCACUUUGCAGUGGACAGAAGUACAGGGCUAGUUGCCAAUUGUAGAGAGAAGAUAGAUGAAGAAAGACAAUGUAAUUGGUAGGGAGAUAAUGAGGGAGGUGGUUGAUGUCUCUUUGCAUAUGCCUCUGCUGGGUCUGUGGUGCUGAUACAUAUAUACUACUUGCUGACAUUUUUAUGAAUAAAAAUAGCCCAACAUUCUUUCUUAUUUCUA